AUGAAGCCACGUAAUCUCUCCAGCGAUGGUUCUCUUCCUCAUGAAUCGAAGAGAACAAUUGGAGAGAGGGUCAAGCAGGCUAUUGAUGCAGCUACUGUCUCCAUGACCAUGGCUAUGAAUGGGGCUGGUAAGGGAAACGGUGCUCUUUUAUAUUCAAAACAAAUCGAAAGACGAAAUUGGAGCUAUCAGGCAGAGGACCCUAUAAGAACCAUGAUGUUCUUGGGUUUUCCAUACUGCGGUCCGGUUAAGGCUAGCGACCAGGAUCAGAUUCAAUUUGCUCUCAACUUGGAAUUCUUCGAAGCUGAGUUCUUCUUGUAUUGUGCACUUGGCCAAGGACUUGAUGCCAUCGAACCAGCUUUUGCUGAAUGCGGUCCUCCUCCAAUUGGACCCGAAAAGGCCAACCUUGAUCCUAUCACUAGUAGAAUUAUAGAAGAAUUUGGCUAUCAAGAGGGCAAUUAUACAAACGUUGGUGGAAUUCCAAGACCUCUAUAUGAUCUCAGUCCCCAAACUUUUGUGCAAGUAUUUGACAAAGCAGUUGGUGACAAAUUGGUCUCUCCAUUUAACCCUUACUCCAACACAGUCAACUAUCUCUUACCAGCAUCUUAUUCCUAUCCCUUAUGCAGGACGAGCAGGCUAUGCCGGAGCCAUUCCGAACCUAGCCAACUACAGUACCUCUUGAGGAGUAAGAACCAUGCAUCUGUUACACCCACAAAACUAAACAUGUACAUUUCCCAAUUCCUUGCAAAGUGUGGCAUUAGAGAUGAGGGCCUAACUGUAUAUUUGUAUCUUGAAAUUUCUCCUGAAAGUAACAUCUUAUCAGCCGAUGCUAAUUCGUUUUUCUAUACACGCACCCCACCUCAAAUUCCAACGAUGAUAUUAUGGAACCGGCAGUGA